AUGGUGAGUGUGGCUGAGGGGGCCGAGAGCGCGGGGGAAUCGGAGGGUCUGGGGCCCAGCGGAAGGCGACCGGAGCCGGGCGCGGCAGGAGUUCUAGACGCACGCCCUUGCUCGCCUCGAAGCUCCGCUCCGGAGCGCCCCGGCUGCCCCGGCCGUCCUCCUGGGAGCGAGCGCAGGUGCAGCGAGCAGAGGGGAUCGGCCUGCGCACUUUGCUUAGGUUUCCCGGCCGGCUGCGAGGGGGCCCUCGGUGCGCCCCGGGGCGCUGUCUGUUCACCGCCCUUCGCCACGUCCGGGGGAGAAGGCACUCUGUGGCCUGGGAGGGCGUUUGGAAGCACCGAAUCCCUUCUGGGAGGCGGGAAGCGGAGGGUCGCUGCGCUGGAGUGA